AUUAUCCCCAAAUAUCCCAAAUAACCAAGGGCAUUAUGGUAAUCAUGUCAAAACAGUAACACCCAGCUUCUUGUUUCUGAUGAUGUGUUUCCAAGUGGGUAACCUUCCCCAUAAAGAGAAAGAACACCCCAUUUUCUGUUUUUCUCUGUUACGUUUCAGAUUUCACUUCUUAAGCCCAAAAUUUAUCAUAUUUUUCCAAACCCCAUUAUUAUUUCCUCCUCCAAAAAACUCGUUCCCGUUUUCUUCAUUCGUCGCGUUAUUUUUUCGAUUCUUGAGGCGCGUGGCCGAUCUCUGGCGGUGCAUGGCGGCGGGGACAAUGGCGACGGCGGCCGGCGCGGCGGUGAUGCUCUACUACGUGUUGAGCCGGCGGCUGGCGCGGAAGGAGGAGGACGAAGGCGAGGAUCACGGCGGCGAGGUGUCGAAAUCGAGCAGAUCGGUUCGCCGGAGAAGGAUUUCACGGCGGCCGGCGCAGGCUCCGGCGACGCUGCUGGAAUCAAUCGUGACGCUGUCAGAGACUUUAAGGUUCACUUAUUCCGAGACUCUCGGGAAGUGGCCCAUCGGCGAUUUGGCCUUCGGCAUCAACUACUUCAUGCGCAAGCAGGGUAAUUUAGCUGUUGCAAGUGUGUAUGCUGGGAGUGAUUGUGUGCAGCUCAAAGGGGAUGAGAUAAUUGUGGAGCUCUAUGAGUUGUUGAGGCUUUUAACUUUGUGUAUGCUUUUCUCCAAGAAGCCAUUUCCUGUGUUUUUAGAUUCUGCUGGGUUUUCCCUUGAUGAUGUGCUCAUUCAGAAGCCAAAAGCUGGGCUUCUGAAGCCUGCAUUUACCAUUAUACGUGAUACACAGUCAAAAUGUUUACUUCUAUUGAUCCGGGGUACUCAUAGCAUAAAAGACACACUGACAGCUGCAACUGGUGCUGUUGUCCCCUUCCACCAUUCAGUGUUAAAUGAUGGUGGGAUAAGCAACUUGGUUUUAGGAUAUGCACACUGCGGUAUGGUUGCUGCAGCUCGUUGGAUUGCAAAGCUCUGCACUCCUACCCUACUUAAGGCUCUUGGUGAAUGUCCACACUUCAAAGUCAAGAUUGUUGGGCACUCACUUGGUGGUGGUACUGCUGCACUGUUAACAUAUAUUCUUAGAGAGCAGAAAGAGUUCUCUUCAAGCACGUGCGUCACAUUUGCCCCAGCUGCUUGCAUGACAUGGGAGUUAGCAGAAUCAGGAAAACACUUUAUCACUACCAUCAUCAAUGGUUCUGACUUGGUGCCAACAUUCUCAACUUCAUCUAUUGAUGAUCUCCGUUCUGAGGUCACUGCAUCCUCUUGGUUGAAUGAUCUACGGGAUCAGGUUGAACAUACAAAGGUCCUGAAUGUUGUUUACCGCUCUGCAACUGCACUUGGGUCUCGCUUACCAUCUAUAUCUAGUGCAAAAGCUAGGGUAGCUGGUGCUGGUGCUAUUCUGUGGCCAGUAACCAGUGGCACUCAGGUUGUGAUGAAGCGUGCACAAAGUGUUGCUGAAGCUGUUGUCAGAACUCGCUCAUCAUUGUCAUCAUGGUCUUGCAUGAGUGCCCGGCGUCGAAAUGUGGGUCCAUCAGUAAACUCUAAAACUGAGGACUUAACUGAAACCUCUCUAAUAUCCGAGAGAAGCACUGAUUCUCACAUGACUGAAGAGGUAGUAAGAGAACCUAUGCUUAAGGACGAAAGUACUUCCUCAAGUGGAGGAUCUGGCCAUGAUGACACUGAUGAAGAGGAACAACUCAUUCCUGCUAAUGAAGACAUUACUGCGUCUGCCGUUGACGACUUCACAGAAGGCCAGUUAUGGUAUGAACUGGAGAAGGAGCUUCAGAGACAGGAUAAUACUAUGAACAUUGAUGCUCAAGAAGAGGCUGCAGCAGCAAAAGAGAUCACAGAAGAAGAGAAUCAACUGGUUGAUGCUGCUGCAGAAUGCAGUUGCAGUUCAAUCACAACAUCAGACAACUUGGACAGCCAUCGAUUUUAUCCCCCUGGCAGGAUCAUGCACAUUGUCUCCGUACCUUUGUCGGAUGAGUCAAAUUCAAAUCCUGAUGACCCUUUAGAAGAACAUGUCGGCUUAUAUGAAACACCUAGAGAGCUGUACAGCAAACUCAGACUUUCAAGAACCAUGAUCAAUGAUCAUUACAUGCCAAUGUAUAAGAAGAUGAUGGAACUAUUAAUCCGAGAACUAGAGAAAGAAGGCAGCUGUAAUGUUUUGGAUUAACAGAAAACGAAUUAGCAAUUGCAGAAUUGUUAGUGAAUACAGAUUUCAGUUCUCUUCUUUUUCCCUCUGUUGUAAAAAAUUUUGAUUGUACGGAUUUGAUUCUUUUAAGGUAGGUAAAUGUAUAGAAUGAGAAAGUAAUGAUGUAUUUACUGUUGAUUUAAAAAGGUUAAGAUUACAAGGUGUACUACAAGGUACUUCAUUUCAAAUCAACGGGAAAUGCAUUUUUUUUCUAACA